AUGCUAGCUAUCAAAUCAACUAUCUCACCGCUUACACGUCGUAUGGGGCUGCGAUCAUUUGCAACGGGGAAUAGCCUCAACGACAGCUUGAGCAAGGUGGACCCUGAACUUACAACUCUCAUCGAACAAGAAAAGGCUCGACAACGAAACAGUCUCGUGCUGAUUGCAUCGGAGAACUUUACUUCAAGAGCUGUUCUGGAGGCUCUAGGUUCUGUACUAUCCAACAAAUACAGCGAGGGUUACCCGGGUGCUCGUUACUAUGGAGGAAAUGAGAAUAUCGACCAAGUCGAAUUGUUAUGUCAGAAGCGCGCCUUGGAGGCCUUCAAUCUAGACCCCGAAGAAUGGGGAGUGAAUGUCCAAUCACUCUCUGGGUCACCAGCAAACUUUCAGGUCUACACUGCCUUGCUAGAAACCCAUGAUCGAAUUUUGUCACUAGAUCUCCCACACGGAGGCCACCUGUCUCAUGGUUUUCAAACACCAACCAAGAAGAUCAGCAUGGUUUCGCGCUAUUUUGAGUCGAUGCCCUACCAACUAGACCCUUCCACUGGACAAAUCGACUACGACCAGAUGCAAAAGAGUGCUGAACUGUUCCGUCCAAAGUUGAUCGUCGCCGGGGCGUCGGCAUAUUCCCGUCUGAUCGACUAUCAACGUAUUCGAGAGAUUGCUGACAGUGUUGGAGCAUUUGUCAUGUCGGACAUGGCACAUAUCUCUGGACUUGUUUCAGCCGGUGUAAUUCCGUCUUGCUUUCCACACAGCGACGUGGUGACUACAACCACGCACAAGAGCCUCCGUGGACCUCGUGGUGCAAUGAUCUUUUACCGCAAGGGUCAGAAAGCAUUGGACAAAAAAGGAAAUCCAAUCAUAUACGAUAUUGAAGAUAAAAUCAAUUUCUCUGUUUUUCCAGGUCUCCAGGGUGGGCCACACAACCACACUAUCGGGGCGCUUUCGACUUGUCUGAAACUUGCGAACACUCCAGAAUUUGUUGACUACCAAAAGCAAGUUUUGAAGAAUUGCACACGACUUGCCGACGAACUAACAAAGAGGGGAUAUGAUCUUGUAAGCGGUGGAACUGACAAUCAUCUUGUGUUGGUCGACUUGAAAUCUUCUCGAAGCAUUGAUGGGGCGCGUGUCGAAAGAGUCCUCGAACUAGCAUGUAUUGCAACAAACAAGAACACAAUUCCAGGAGACAAGUCAGCUCUCAAUCCAGGUGGUAUUCGUAUGGGAACACCAGCUUUGACAUCACGUGGAUUGAACGAGGAAGAUUUUGCUGCCGUUGCUGAAUUCUUCGACCGAGCAGUCAGCAUUGCAGUCGACCUGAAGGCCACAGAUCAAGGAAAGAAACUGAAGGGAUUCAGAGAAAUGUGCAAGGUUGGCCCAUCUGCACAUAGUGACCUUCCAAGGCUGCGCAAGGAUGUGUCCGAAUUCGCAAGUAGCUUUCCAACGAUUGGUUUUGACGAAGACGAAAUGGAAUUUGAUGGAGAGUACAACGUCGACUUUGUGGCUUGA